AUGGCAAGACUCAAGUUGACCGUGACAGCUCCGAGGGGGCUCCAGCUGGGCGUCUCGGGGGCCGUCUGGAAGCGACCAGCGGGCAGUCUUUACAGGAACCGCGAUUUUUUGACGGGGACCCUGCGCUUCGGGCUUCGGGGCUCGCUCGUUCAGAACAGGAGCCAGCUCCUUGGAGCCGUCCUGGCCGACACCCAGAUCCCCAAAAGACCCCGCCAGGCUCUCGGACUCGAGGCCCUGACCCUGAAGCAGCCUCGCGGCGCCCUGGUCGGACUCUCACAGGUCCUGCACCUCCACUCCCCUCGGCUGGGGCUAUGCCAGACCUCGUGGGCGGGCCGCUCCGCAAUCGAGACCAGGACACAGAGGCUGAAGAAGCAGCUGGAGCUGGAGCUGGAGCUGGAGGCCUGCCUCGAGGCAACGCGCUCGCGCCUGGACGCGCUGUCCGCCGGCCUGGCGGAGGAGCGCCGCGCGCGGGAGGCUGCGUCGCGGAGCGCCGAGGCGGCGGCCGAGCGGCGGGAACAGGAGCGGCAGAGGGACGCCAGCCGUGCCCUGGCGGAGCUGCGCGGCGGCGUCGACGCACUGCGCUCGGAGAUGUCGAGCCUGGCCGCCCCGCGCGCCGGCGGCUGCUGCCCCUCGCAGGGCAGCGGCUCCCGAUUGGACAUCUCCCGCGCCGAGUGCUCCGAGGAGCUCGGGGCGCCGCCCCGCGGGCCCCGGUUGCAGGCGACGCCGAGGCAGCCCAGGCCCAGCCAGCUGCCGCAGGCCGCCGCGCUCGCGCCGCCGAAGGCGGAGGGGCCGCCGAUCUCCCCGGCGCUGGGGGCGGAGAGGACCGCGGGCACGAAGACGCCCCCGCCGCCCGCCAGCGCUGUGCCCGUCGAGGUCAGCCUGGUCAGCACCAUCGACGGCCCGCUGACGUUCAGCACAGAGCCUCCCUCGUCAGGCGGCCUGGGCACCUUCCGGAGAGACGGGUCAUUCGUCUGGGCAGCCGCCCUCGGCGGCGACGGCGGCCAGGAGCCGUUGUGCAGCCCGUUGCAGGGCCAGCCGCACGGCGUGCCGCGCGGCGUGCCGCCCGGCCCCCCGCUGCCGGCACGCGGCGGCGCCGGGGCGCUGCGGCCGCUCGGGGCGGCGCGCUCCAUGGGAGCCUUCGAGCCGCCCGGGGCGGUGCCCGUGCCCAUCGAGGCGGUAGGCACGGCGGCGCCGCCGUGCGCGGCUGGGUUCGCGGGCGCCGCCGUCGGGUCAACGAUCCUCAGAGUGCCCUCCCCCUGCAGACCAGGCUUUGCGGGCGGCCGUCUCGGCGAGCCCGCCCCGGGCAAGCCUUGA